AUGCUAGCUCAAGAAGAAAUUAUUCCGAUCAAGCGAAAACGAAGCAAGAGGCUUCGACACCCGUCCCCGCUUGCCCUAACCAUGUCGGCAAGCUCCUCCGGUGCUGCAACCGAUCUCAAUUCCGGCGACGAGUCAACACUCGGCAGAGACGAAGAUCGCGAUGAGGAGGACAUGGCCAACUGUCUGAUUCUGCUGGCUAGAGGUCCGACCCAUGAGCCACCGACGGUGGCUGCAUCUGCCACCGCCGUCAGCUUCCAGUGCAAGACGUGCGACAAAAAUUUCACGUCCUUCCAAGCGCUCGGCGGCCACCGGGCAAGCCACAAGAAGCUAUCGGUGGCCCCACGCGAAAACAAGUCGAAUGGAAGCGAAAUUACGAUUUUGUCCCUACGAGUCCCGACCUCACCUGACGAGAAAAAGGCGGCUAGGGUUCACGAGUGUUCGUUGUGUGGGACUCGAUUUGCGUCCGGCCAGGCGUUGGGCGGCCACAUGCGGCGGCACAGGCCACUGGCGACUCGGGAUAAUGAGGCCAAGCGGCCGAGGACGGUUUUGUCAGUGGACCUCAACCUUCCGGCGAUGCCAGAAGAUGCCGGCGGUGAGUGUGAAACGGUGAAUGAGUUUGCUUUAGCGUUGCCGCAUGAACAAGUCAUUGUGUUCUCGGCCACGUCAUUGGUUGAUUAUUGCCAUUACUAG